AUGUCUUCUGAAGACACAAACUGUGUGAUUUCAUUCGAUGUUAUUGUGGUAGGAGCCGGCAUUGGUGGCUUAUCCGCAGCUGUUGCGCUUGCGAAUCGUGGCCAUUCCGUGCGAGUGCUGGAAUCAAGUUCUCAGCUUCUUCAUGUCGGCGCAGGCGUCGCAUUGCCGCCGCCGACGAGGCGGUGGUAUGAGUCGGAAGGAAUUCUCCAGCCCGAGGACUCGGCAUGCGUACCGUUGGAUGGAAUCGAGCUCACGCAAUGGGACACAGGAGAUUUAGUAGCUCGAGCAGCAGCCAACCCGGUGGGAAAGCAGAACGCGAUUCAUCACGGCGACCUUCAACUGGCACUUUUGAGUAGAUGCCGAGAGUUGGAGAGCAUUGAUAUUCGGUUAGGAACACGCGUAAUAGACCUAGACAUCGAAGGAAAUGCGGUUCUCCUUGCCACGGGAGAGCGCAUCGCAGGUGAUCUGAUCAUCGCAGCUGACGGAGUCAAAUCUACAUUGAAGGCGAAAGUAUGCCCACCAGAGGCAUCCAAAGCGCAGUCCACCGGCGAAGUUGCGUAUCGAUUUAUUCUUCCCCGGGAACUUCUUGAAUCGGACAAGGAGCUCCUGACAUUGGUAGAACGAUCCUGGGCGACGCGGUGGGACGGACCUUCGCGACACGCCAUUGCGUACCCCGCGAGAAAUCACCAGCUGCUCAAUGUUGUUCUCAUUCAUCCAGACGAUAGACAUGCCGAAGAAUCAUGGACGUCCGUGACCGACAAGAGAAACGUGAUCUCAGACUUUCAUGACUGGAAUCCAACUCUUCGCAAGCUAAUCCAGCUGGCUCCAGCCGUGGUGCCCAAUUUCCGCAUGUUCCUGUAUCCUCCAUCGCCGGUAUGGAUGAAAGAAUCUACAAUCCUUCUCGGAGACGCAUGUCAUGCCAUGCUCCCGUACUUGGGCCAAGGAGUGGCCCAGUCGGUAGAAGAUGCGACAGCUAUUGCGACAGUGCUCUCGAUGAUUGAAGAUAAAGCGCAACUGCGGCUGGCACUGCGUGCAUACGAACAAUCUCGAAAAGAACGAGUGGAAUCGAUCCAAGCGGCCACCUACAAGGCACGGGAACAGCUGCAUCUCCAAGACAGGGAAGCCCAGGAGGCUCGUGAUCGCGAAAGAAGGACCGCCUCCGAAAGAAACGAAAACAGUGACGUGGUGAAGAUGCAGCAUUCAUACUGGGUGUGGGAUGCUGCCAAAGUGGCACGGAAUGCCUUGUUGGAGCUAAUUGCGGCGGGAUGA